GGGAGGAGGCGCUUUGAGCCUCGGCCGGGCCCUUUGCCAAGGCGGUAGGGCAGGUUUUGAACCGCAGUGGCGCACCGUGACAACAGUUUGGGGUUUUCACGGCGGAGGACAGUCGCUGAAAAGUUGCAAAAGAGAAGAAGAAGAAGAAAGAAGAAAAAACAACAACAACCGGAGCGAUGCGUAAAAGCCAACGUGUCCGCGCGGUUUGAGCCCCAACUCUUUGUGAGCGUGAAGGAUGUGUCGGAGAUGGCCUGAACGUUUCUUCUCCCAGAGUUAACAGUCAGCCUGCAGUCGGCGGAGCAGCAGGAGAGCUCGUCGCAUGCAGCUCGCGGGCACACGUUCCGGUUGACUUCUCGUCUGGACUCCCUGACCUUUGUUGUUCCUCUCAGGCGGGGGUCGGGGAGGAGAUGAGCGCUCAGGAUGGGACUGUGCCUCGGUACCGAAGUCACAGAGGAGCAGAAGAAGGCGAGGACACGCAGUGCCAAGAUAGACAAAGACCUGUACGAGUACGCCAAGCGGGAGAUGAAUGUGGUUAAAAUACUCCUACUAGGUGCAGCAGAGAGCGGUAAAAGCACUUUGGUCAAACAGAUGAAGAUCAUUCACAGUCAUGGAUUCACCAAGCAAGAGCUCACCAGCUUCAAGCCCGCAGUGCUGGAUAACCUGCUGACCUCCAUGAAGUUUGUCCUCCAUGGCAUGGGCGUCCUCCGGAUCAACCUGGCUAACACCAGGAACAAGGUCCACGCCCAUUCUGUCCUGUCGUGUGGGCGCUGUUUUGAUGAAGAACAGGUGCUGUUUCCUUUCCUUAGCCACGCCCUGUCCUGUCUGUUGGCCGACCAGGGGGUAAGGGCGGCGGCGGCCCGGGGAUACGAGUACGAGCUCAAUGACUCAGCACUGUAUUUCUUCGAGAACCUGACCCGCAUCACGUCUCCAGAGUACGUGCCCACAGAGACAGACGUUCUGCGAGUACGACUGAGGACAACAGGCGUGAUAGAGACCCAGUUCAAAGUCAACCGUCUCAUUUUCAGGAUGUACGACGUUGGAGGCCAGAGAACUGAGCGCAGGAAGUGGAUUGGUUCUUUCGAGGAAGUCAGGGCGGUGCUGUUCGUGGUGGCGCUCAGCGGUUACGACAUGACCCUGGUGGAAGACCCUUCCGUGAAUCGUCUUCAGGAGAGCAUGAAGCUCUUUUCCUCCAUCUGCAACAACAUUUUCUUUCGAAGCACAUCCAUGAUUUUAUUCAUGAACAAGAUAGACCUUUUUCAAGACAAGGUUUUACACUCUGGGCGACAUCUGCGUUUAUACCUGCCAAAGUUUAAAGGUGCAGACUGCGAUGUGGACUCGUCAGCACGCUUCAUCGUCGCCACCUUCGUCUCGCUCAACGCUUCUCCCAACAAACUGAUCUACCACCACUUCACCACGGCCACCGACACCUCCAACAUCCAGGUCGUCUUCCAGGUGGUUAUGGACACGAUAAUCAAAGAGAAUCUGGAGGCUGUGUCGCUCCUGUAACUGCUAGCGGAGGUCCGAUGCAUAACUGGACAGUCGGUGCUAGGUGUCUCUUUUGAAAUGACAUGAAGAUCAUCAGCUCCAAACACAUGGUUUUCUCUCUGCAGGUGCAGCCUGGGAGCUCUGACGCUCUUUGCCACUGUUGCAUUUCAUCCUCUGUGACGCUUGAUUCUUCGGCUUGAGCCCUAAAACGAUGACUUUUGAAACCUUGUUGAGAACUGGGCAUUUAUAUUUUGUAUUGUACUACAAAAUCAGACUAUGAAUGGUGAAGUUACAUUUUGAGGACUUGUUAUAUGCACAUGCCAUUUAUUGUCUGUCUGUCUGUCUGUGUGCGCAGGGGCAAGAUGGAGAGGGGGUGAGGAUUUACUGUUUGUUCGUUACUUCCUCCGUGCAGGGUUCAGUCAUGCACCAUCGGGUGUUUUCCCCUCAUCCAUCACUGUGUCUGAGGACAUCCUAUGCGUCGCACCCUCCUAAUGAGGCGGUGAUCACUUUAAAAGCCCCCCAGUUCGUGUUUACUCAUCCUCUCACACUCUGUUCAUUGUAAUUGUGCCUCCAUUCGCUGGUUUUUAAUGUAAGAAAUGUGGAAAGUGUAUGUAAAAAAACCUUUUUGAAGCCUCCGACUUGUGUUACAUAUCAAUGAUUAUAGUUCCAUUAUCUGACACACUCAUGAACCCUGAUUUGUCAACCAGGAUGAUGCUUCCCAUAUGUGAUUUAUGUGGCAUUAACUCCGCUGGGGUCGGACUGAUUUUGAAGGCUCCCCUGAGCGACUGAGUGUGCUACCAGCUCCUCUCUGACUCCAGUAAUAAACAGGAUCUGGUGAUGACUGAUAUGCUCUGGUAUGAAUACUAAAGAUGAAAGAAAAGAGAAAAACACCCCAAGUGCCUUGUGAUGAAGUAGUGUUGCUGUUGUGUAAUUUAAAUGCUUCAUGUGUAUGAAUAUUUUUCCUUUUCUUGUUUUUUUCACUUUCAGAAUAAGUGUUUGUAUCUCUUUAAGUCUGAUAGGCCGUGCUCUCACACUGAUAUAUGUCUGAAUUGUACUGAAACUUUAGGUUUGAAGAAAUUGAUGAGCAAAGUAAGGCAGUGGUGGAUCACUUAUAUUCCCUUUUUCAACCCGCAGUAGUUGAAUAUUUAAAGACAAAUGUAAGCCACACAAAAGGUUACCAGUGUUUGUUCAUUUUAAUAGAUAAAAUAAAUAAAAGUACUUUGCAGGAAAUCUGCUCGUCAACUUUCUGGA